UUACCGUUUCGCCGACUGCGACCACCCUCCGUUGAGGUCGAUGCAUCUCCACCCUCAGCCACUCCUUCCAAACCCUUACCCUUUCGGGUUGGUCAUGGAUUCGAUCUCCAUCGGCUAGAGCCUGGUUACCCCUUAAUUAUCGGGGGAAUUAACGUGCCUCACGAAAGAGGGUGCGAGGCUCAUUCUGAUGGAGAUGUGCUUCACUGUGUGGUCGAUGCGAUCUUGGGGGCUCUUGGUCUGCCUGAUAUAGGGCAGAUAUUUCCGGACUCAGAUCCGAAGUGGAAGGGUUGUGACUCCUCUGUCUUCAUCAAAGAAUCUGUGAGACUUAUGCAUGAAGCAGGUUACGAGAUUGGAAAUUUGGACGCAACAUUGAUACUUCAAAGACCAAAACUAAGCCCACACAAAGAGGCCAUCAAGGCCAACUUAUCUGCGCUGCUUGGAGCUGAUCCUUCUGUGGUAAAUAUCAAAGCGAAGACUCAUGAAAAAGUUGACAGCCUUGGCGAGAAUAGAAGCAUAGCAGCUCACACAGUGGUCCUUCUGAUGAAGAAGUAAAAGAAGCUGGAAAUAGUAUUGGAAGGAAAAUAAGAGUUCAUACUUAAUAAACAUUGUUAUGAAAUCUAUGAAUCGUUGCUUGAUUAGGAUUUUUGGUUUUACUGCUUAUACAGAUCAAAUCGCCAGGCCUGCAUAAUAUUUGGUUUGAAUGACUGGUUCUGUCCUUCUCA